CCUAUACCUGCAUUACCUCUACUGUAUUCAUGGAAAACCCAAAAACUCUCUUUCUUUUUGGUGUUCUCUUACUGCAGUACUCAUGCUUACUUGAGUUGGCCAUAUCUUCUUCCAACUUCACCGAUCAAUCUGCUCUUCUUGCAAUCCAAUCCAAGCUCACUUUCGACCCCUCCAAUACUGUAUUGGGCGGUAAUUGGACCACCAACACAAGCUUCUGUAAUUGGAUUGGAGUCUCUUGUAGUAUUCACAGGCAAAGAGUCACAGCCCUCAAUCUGUCCUUCAUGGGUCUCCAAGGCACCAUUGCACCUCAUGUUGGCAACCUCUCCUUCCUAGUCUUGCUCGAUCUUCGAAACAACAGCUUCUCUGGGGCACUGCCACAUGAGAUCAGUUGCUUGCAUCGCUUGAGGAUACUUAAAUCUAGUUACAAUCAGUUGGAAGGUAACAUCCCUCCAAGUUUAUAUUAUUGUCAAAAGCUUGAAAUCAUAUACCUCCAAAAUAACAGGCUAAGCAGUUUUAUACCUCUAGAGUUGGGAUUCCUACCUAGCCUUCAAGAAUUAUAUCUCCAUGAAAAUAAACUUACGGGUGGAAUACCGUCAUCUUUGGGCAAUAUUUCAACAUUAAAAGUGUUGAGUUUGGGUGUAAAUAAACUCACCGGUUCAUUACCUUCUACUCUCCUCAACCUGUCUUCUCUAGUUAAAGUCUAUAUAUAUAGUAACAACAUAUCUGGAAGCCUACCUAUGGAUCUUUGCCACUAUUGGCCUAGUAUUCAGAUCCUUUCUUUUGGGGGCCUUAACCUUGUUGGCCAAAUUCCCUCAAGAAUAUAUGAAUGCACACAGCUUGUGGCCUUAUCUGUGCCUUAUAAUAUGCUUGUGGGAAAUAUUCCAGAAACAAUUGGGCUUUUACAAAAUCUUGAAGAGCUUUAUCUGGGUGCUAAUGGCCUAACUGGCACCAUACCUCCUACCAUUGGUAACAUGUCGAGCUUGAAAGUCUUUGAUUUGGGGCCUAAUUACAUUACAGGAAGUAUUCCGAGGGAACUGGGGCGUCUUUCCAAUCUAAACUUGUUUACUUUUUAUGGAAAUAGCCUAACAGAUGCAAUACCUCAAGAACUUUUCAACAUGUCAUCCUUGCAAACUUUCUCACUUCAACAUAAUUCCCUUUCUGGAACUUUUCCUCCAUACAACAAGAUUUUUCUUCCCAACCUUGAAAACCUCUAUUAUUCUAGUAAUCAAAUAACUGGAAACAUCCCAUCAUAUUUUACCAAUUUUAGCAACCUUUAUGAUCUUGAUGCUGCCAACAACUUACUCUAUGGACCAAUACCCACGAACCUUGGUAGCUUGAAACACCUGGAACUCCUUAUAUUGGGAGGAAACCAUUUAACAGGAGAACCUGGAGUUAAAGAACUUAGAUUCCUUUCCUCUUUAUUUAAUUCCACUUCUCUGACCCUUUUGGCUUUGGAAGACAAUCCUCUAAAUGGUGUCAUACCCGAUAUCUUGGGAAAUUACUCUUAUUCCAUCAGGCAAAUAUAUGCACCAGGGUGCAAAAUCCAGGGUCAUAUACCUAAGACAAUUGGCUCUUUGAAAAAUUUGACCACCAUCGUCUUCAUGAAUAACAAUAUCAGUGGUAAUUUACCAUCCUCAAUUGGGAAAUUGGAGAUGAUGCAGAGAUUGUAUCUUGAUAACAACAAUAUUGAAGAAGCCAUUUCAGAGGAGCUUUGUCUUAUGGUGAACCUGGGAGAACUGUCUUUAUCAAAUAACAAAUUCUCAGGGUCUAUCCCAAAUUGUAUAGGAAACCUCAGCCUCCUUCAAAGAGUUUACCUAGAUUCCAAUAGGCUGACAUCGUCAGUCCCAGUGAAUUUAUGGAACCUGGAAGGCCUCUUGUUCUUGAAUUUGUCAUCCAAUUCCAUGGCCGGAGAUUUACCUACAAGAAUGGGAAAGCUUAAUGUUCUUCAAAUGGUUGAUUUAUCUUGGAACCAAAUUAGGGGAAGUAUUCCAAGCAUCAUUGGAACUUUUCAAAGCUUGAACUGGCUAGAUUUGUCAAACAACAUGUUUGUAGGACACAUUCCACAAAGUUUCAGUGAUCUGAAAGGGUUGGAAUAUUUGGAUCUGUCAUACAAUAGAUUGUCGGGCACAAUACCAAAGUCUCUUGAAAAACUCAGGUAUCUCAAUUAUCUGAAUUUCUCAUUUAAUAAACUCUCUGGUGAGAUUCCUUCUGGGGGACCGUUUGUCAACUUCACUGAUCAAUCAUUUUUGGAGAAUGGAGUACUUUGCGGCAGAUCAAAUUUUGGAGUCCCACCAUGUAAGGCUCAUAGCAAAAGGAAAUCAAAUAUGGCUUUUCAUUGGCUCAAAUAUAUUCUUCCAGCAAUUGCAUCCACAACAAUUCUCCUGGGUCUUAUUCUACUGUGGAAAAAGUAUCAUAAACGGAAAGCAUCAUUGCCAAGUUCCGAUGAAAAGUCACCAUUAACAGAGCACAAAAUGGUAUCAUAUCAAGAACUCCGCCUUGCUACAAAUGACUUCUGCGGAAGCAACUUAAUUGGAGUGGGAAGUUUUGGCUCUGUGUACAAGGGAUUGCUCUCUGAUGGGACAAUUGUUGCUAUAAAGGUUCUAAAUUUGCAAAUGGAAGGGGCCUCCAAAAGUUUUGAUGCAGAAUGCAAGGUGUUGCGAACAAUCCGGCAUAGGAAUCUUGUAAAGGUCAUAACUACAUGUUCUAGCCCUGAGGUCAGAGCUUUGGUGCUGCAGUACAUGUCUAAUGGCAGUCUUGAGAAGUGGUUAUACUCUCACAACUACUGUCUCAGUAUUCUGCAAAGAGUAAGCAUGUUGAUCGAUAUUGCAUCUGCUUUGGAAUAUCUCCAUCAUGGUCAAGAAGAAACUGUGGUGCAUUGUGAUGUGAAGCCUGGCAAUGUCCUUCUUGAUGAAGACAUGGUUGCACAUGUUGCAGACUUCGGUCUUGCAAAAAUUUUAGCAAAAAACAAAGACGCAACACAGACAAGAACCAUCGGUACUGUGGGUUAUGUAGCACCAGAGUAUGGUUCUACAGGAAGAGUGUCCAGAAGUGGCGAUGUUUAUAGCUUCGGGAUAAUGUUGCUAGAAAUAAUGGCGAGAAAGAAACCAACUGAUGAAAUGUUUGCUGGAGAAGUGACUUUGAGGCAAUGGGUAAAUGUGUCUAUCCCUGACAAUGCUCUAGAAGUGGUGGAUGCUGACUUAUUGAGCAUAGAAGAGGGAAGAGACAUGUAUGCCACAGAAUCUAUCCUUAUGUCCAUCCUGGAAAUAGGCUUGAGGUGUUCCGAAGUAGCAGCAGAGGAUAGAAUGGACAUUAAGGAUGUGGUGCCCAAGCUCAAGAAAAUAAAACUGGCACUACAAGAAUGAGACAGAGGUGUUUAACAUCCAUCUUUUAGCCUUGGGCCCUUGGCUUUUUCUAUUUGCAUAGCGUUGUUAUUUCUCAGUUUUCAGUUUGUCAUUCGAGCAUACACUUGAUUGUUUUUCCUUGGCGAUAACUUAGUAGCAUCAUUUA